AUGGGUAGAGAGAUGGAUCGAGCGCUGAACCUGAUGUAUCGUACGUUGAAGUUAAUUUCAGGACCCCCUCGGCGCCCCGAGUCCGGACAGAUCGAGGUCAGUUUCAUCUUUGUUAGUUUGUCCCUGUUUAGAACCCGCAUCGAUAAGGACGAACAUUCUCCCAUUUCCUCGGGUCCCGGCGGGCGGUCAACCGCUGCAGAAACAGCUGAACCUAAUGUAUCGUACGUGGAAGUUAAUUUCAAGACCCCAUCGGCGCCCCGGGUCCGGACAGAUCGAGAAGGUCUGAAAUCCACCUACUCAGAGCUGAACGUUCGGAAAAAGAAACCCCGCGUCGAUGAGGACGAAGAUCCUCCCAUUUCCUCGGGACCCGGCGGGCUGUCAACCGCUGCACAAACAGCUGCGCAUGAUCAACAGUCGAAAGUGAAGAUCGGAAAUAGACCGUACCGUCUGUUCUGCCUACUCUGCCUAGUUACAUUCGCCCUCAUCGUGAUAGUGGCCGGAUUCUCGAUACAUGUGUCACAGAUUCGUCACCAGUUCACUGAGAUGGAAACGAAGUACAGAUCUGUCAACGAAACCAAGGCUCGAAUCUGUGAAUUGUUGACCAGCAGAAGAGUGCUAAACUGUUCCGAGGAUUGGAUCAGGAAUAAUGACCGGUGUUAUUACGGCUCCACGUUUCAAACAAAUUUCUCCAGAGCGAUAGAAGAAUGUUCAAGCCGUGAUUCAAGGCUGCUGGAAAUCAAUUCAAGGGAUGAAGCGAGGUUUGUAUCCAAUUAUCUUGCGUACAUGAACCUUUACUACUGGAUUGGAAAAUGCGAAGACGGGAAUGUGAGCUCCGGUCUCCUGUACCAGGUGUCCUGUGGAACGCCCCCUUGCACUCAGUGUGACCUGACUUCACUCGGAAGGACUUACCCUUGCGAUGUUGAUCAGAGAUUCAUCUGCGAGAAGUCGGCACAUUUGUUCCCGCAUAUUCCUGAAAAUAUCCAGGGUCUCUGUCAACAGCCAGUGGAGGCGACGUGAAUCAAAUGACUAUCCCCAGUCUGCCCUUCACUCGCACUCUUCGAUCUUUCCAGAUUCCCUGCCCACCCUUCUGCCCUUCCCUGCUACACCAAUUCCUCCUCUUAUCGCAACCAUAUGGUCUCCACCAGACACCGACAAGCCUCUCUUGCUGUCUAACCACUUAUUUCCCUCCAUUCCCCCGUCCCGCUCUUUCUGAUCCCUCUUCCUCCCUCUUUCACCUGUCUCCCCGUCCAUCCCCUUCUUUCACUCCAUUCCCCAGUCCCGCUCUUUAUGAUCCCUCUACUCCCCUCCUUCACCUCUCUCCCCGUCCAUCCCCUUCUUUCCCUCCAUUCCUCCGUCCCGCUCUUUCUGCUCCCUCUACCUAUCUUAUUAUUACCUCGUCUUUCCUCCUCCCGCUUUCUUCUGCUCCCUCUACCCACCUCUUUCACCGCUCUCCCCGUCCUUCCCCUUCUUUCCCUCCAUUUCCUCGUCCCGCUCUAUCUGCUCCCUCUACCCCCUCUUUCACCUCGCCCCGUCGAUCCCCUUCUUUCUUUCCAUUCCCCAGUCUCGCUCUUUCUGCUCCCUCUACCCCCCGCUUUCACCUCUCUCCCUGUGCAUCCCCUUCUUGCCCUCCAUUCCCCCGUCCCGCUCUUUCUGCUCCCUCUACAUACCUUAUUAUUACCUCUUACUUUCUCCCUCUAUUUCCACAUUCUCUCUUCGUCAACUAUCACUGUUACAUCCUCUCGAACUCCCUCCUCACUUUUUCUGUCCCCUCCUCCUGUCCCAUUCUCCAUCAGUGCUCGCAUCCCCAGUCUCUCCACGACACACCGACAAACCUCUGUCCCCAUUGAUCUCCUGCUUUGUGGCAAUUUCCAUCCCGUGCCGUUCUUCUCCACCCCCUACUGCUCGUCCUUUCUCCGCCGGCACUUUUUCCUCUCCCUAUGCCAACUCUUUCCCACUUUUUGCUCCCUCUCUACCCUCUUUCUACCCCUCUCUCUGCCUUCCCUCUCCGUCUCUCUGUACUCUCAGUGUUCAUCAUGUCCACUUACUCCUUUCCACUCACUCUCACGUCAAUUCUGUGCGGUCUGGUGCUCGAUAACCCAACCCUGGGUGAACGUUUGUGCCUAUUUCCUCUGUCUGUGCCUCUCUCGGGUUUAUGGAACUUUGUAAGUUUACAAAACUGAUCCAGGGCAUAACGUCCCAAACUCCAUCCCUCUCUCCAUAACCCUCGAUUUCCUGCAAUAUCCCCGUACAACUCCCUGUACACGCUUUCCAUGUCAGUGGCAUUUGUUUCCAAAAACAAAAAGCCUCAGCGACGGUUUGUACCACUGCAGCGAGAUCUCCCGACUCCCGUGUUCAGUGUCCUGACUGGUGAAGGCCAGCGUGUUCUGUCCUAUCGAAUAUUUUUAAUCAGAAUCGCUAUUUGAUUUAUUUUACCUGAAAUUCAUGCGGCUUGAAAUGUGUUUUUUUGUUGCAUCAUAACAGCAAAAAAGAUGUAUAGUUAAUGUACAU